UUAUGUGCCAUCAACCAUCAUCAUCUUCGUCUAGCUUCGUAGUACUCAUGAGCAACAAACUCUUGGAAAUGAAGCCGGCUCCGCCGUCGCCGCGGGCGGCGCCUGUCUUCCUUACUGAUUGUUUGGAAGAGCUUCUGAGAUUAACUCUCUCUGCUUCCCUUUUGGAGGAUUCUGAUGUUUCAUUAGGAUUUUCCCGACUAUACUGCGAUAACCUCCUCCGAGACGACCCCUUCUUAUCCCCUUCACAUAUUAGCUCGACGGCAGUGAAAGGUGUACCGGCGUAUCCUUUGUACAAACACCUUGCACGCGCUUUGGAGGGUUGUAUAAGCUCUGGGAAGUUCUUGAGAGGCCUGGGUUCGGUGAAGGGAUUACGAGAAGACGAGUUCUUCAUGUUGAAGCAGAGAGAAUGGGAUAGAUUGAUCAUGGAGAAGGGUGCUGAGUUGGUCAAUAUGAUGGAGAGUGUAGAAUUUGAACUCCAUGUUCAGGAGCCUUUCUUCUCGCAGCUAAGAGUGGGAAUGAAAACAGCUGAAGGUAGAUGUGCAACUGAAGAUUAUAAUAGGAUUUCAGCUGGUUCUUUUCUUCUGUUUAAUAGAUCUCUUCUGCUCCAAGUUCAGGAUGUCAGAUAUUAUCGUUCAUUCUCUGAGAUGCUGGAAGUAGAACUUGCUAAUGCUCUUCCAGGCAUCCCAACUGUUGAAGAAGGUGUGCAAAUCUACCGAAAAUUUUAUACAGAGGAGAAGGAAAAGUCAAAUGGUGUUUUGGCGAUUCAUGUUUUGAAACCAGCUUCCCAGCCUUAUAUUUUAUUGGGCAACCUGCUUUCGGGACUGGGCUGUGAAGGAGUUGGUAGUCUUCUAGGUAUGAUGCACACUGCGGGAACAGUUUUGGAUGCUCUGCCUCCUCCAAGAUCGUAUCUGUUAUCAUCAUUUAUGAAACUUCACCGACCCAAUGUUGAAGGUUCUACCCUAACUGAUGCUGCAAGGUCAUUAGCAAAGCAUGUUCACAGGAGUAGUGAAGAAUGGUGGGGCAGCUUUCGUGGAGGUGAUUCUGAGAAGAACAGGCUUGCGUCGGAGAUUGUCAACCAUUUGCUAAAUGAAUGCUGCUGGAUGAAUGUCUAUGAUAUUCAAACCCAUAACCGUGUAUUUGAGAUUCGCAUCCAUGAAGGCUAUGGUGCUCGGUGGUCACAUGAUGGAUCAAAGGCUUUCUCCUUCCAGUUCAUUGGAUUUUUGGAGCCGUACACAGAGGAGGGCCAUUCAAAGGGAUGGAAACAUUAGGCCUCUCAGGUAAGGGAAUUAGCCAUUCAAAGGGAUGGAAAAAUUAUCAGAAUAUCUUAUUACAAAUUGUAUCAGGAUAUAUUUGGAAAUUAUUAGAUUUGUUUUGAUAUUAAUAUAUCAUAAAUUAUUCAUAUACAAACACUAAUGUUAGAGCAAAUGUAAUAUUUUUUAAGAUCAUCAUGAUAUUAUUCAUAUCUGAAUAUUCAGAUAUAAUUUUUUUUU